UAGUAUAUUAAAUCUUUCUAUAAAAAUGAAGGUUUACUUCCUACUAGCUCUCUUAUUAGGCACCAUUGGAGUCAUGGCUGUACAAGUCAAAGAGUAUGACAACUCAAAGCCCUUUGUUUAUCAGAAUAUUACUAAGAUGAUUGAGGAAAUUAAAAGCAAUUUUACAAACGGUAAUUUUCAAAAUGUAAAUACCCAAGCAUCUUCUAAAUCAACCUUGAACACUCAAACGACAACCACAAUCUCCACUGCUGCCACUGCAACUGCCGCAAAUCCAAUGGCUAGAGAAGAGAUUAUCCAAAAGGCUCUCCAGAACAUUACUGUUACACCACAAAAGAUCAUUCCUAAAGGAAUGACCGAGGAACAAUUUGAUGAAGCUCUUAAGAAACAGAGAGAAACUAUGAAAAAUACCAAAACUUCAAAUACUACCAGAGAAAGCAACCAGAGUAGUGAGAGUUCCACAAAAUCCACUAAGAGCCAAGUGAGUGAGGACACAUUGGCGAAUAUUAAGAAGAUCCUGAACCUUCCUUAAGAGAAUGAA